AAGCAUUUAUCCUAAUCAAUUUAAGUGCGUCUCAAAUUCAUGGGUCUGGCCGAAAAACUUGGCAUGUUGUGCCCAUGUUGUGCCCUUGUAAAAUUAGUUCUGUGGCCAAGAAAAAAAACGGCAAGCUGAUGAAAGCAUAUGGGCCAAAGCUGAAUUUCUAGAAGAAAUAUGACCCUAAAGACAAGUCGGACCCCACAACCCAAGAAGGAAAACAACAACCCAAGCCACCAAAUCUGACCCUAAUGAGAGACUGCAAAUGCAACGACGGUAAGAAAGAGAAACUUCUUUAAAAACUCGACCAUGGGAGUAAGUUUUGGGUUAGACGAAUUGGCCUUAAAAUCCAAUCGCAUACCACCAAUUAUCAAAUUGACAAUGACCCUUUUUUUUAUUUGACUAUUUGACUUUGACAUUAAUGAUAAGCUUCAUCUUUUUCUUUGUAUUUCUUUGAGGGAACGCAAUUAGCAAAAGAGGAUCAAUUGGGGAAGAAGAGCAUGGAAUCAAAAGGGGGCAGUGUGGGAAGCUCUCUGCUGGUGCCCUGUGUCCAAGAAUUGGCUAAGGAGCAUUUGGUUACUGUCCCACCUAGGUACAUACGCCCUGAUCAAGAUCAUCCCAUCGUUGCUGCUGGGGAUGAUGCAUCAUUGCUUGAGGUCCCUGUUAUCGAUAUGCAGAGGUUACAUGACCCAGAAUCCAUGGAUUCUGAGCUGGCUAAGCUCCAUUCUGCUUGCAAGGAAUGGGGUUUCUUCCAGUUGGUAAACCAUGGAGUAAGCUCUUCAUUGUUGGAGAGAAUAAAGACAGAUAUUCAGGAUUUCUUCAAUCUCCCAAUGGAGGAGAAGAAAAAAUUCUGGCAGUAUCCUGGAGAAGUAGAGGGAUUUGGACAGGCCUUUGUUGUGGCUGAGGAGCAAAAGCUUGACUGGGCUGAUCUUUUCUUCAUGGUAACUCAGCCAGUUCAUUUGAGGAAGCCCCACUUGUUUCCGAAGCUCCCUCUUCCUUUCAGAGACACCCUGGAGAGUUAUUCAUCAGAAGUAAAAAAUUUAGCUGUGAGUGUCCUUGAGCAGAUGGCAAAAGUUCUGAAAAUGAGAGAUGAUGAAAUGAGAGAUCUCUUCACUGAAGGCAUCAGGCAAACAAUGAGGAUGAAUUACUACCCGCCUUGUCCUCAACCGGAGAAGGUCAUUGGCCUGACCCCUCAUUCAGAUGGCACAGGCCUCUCCAUUCUCCUACAAAUUAAUGAUGUUGAAGGCCUCCAGAUUAUGAAAGAUGGCAAGUGGAUUCCUGUGAAGCCCCUUCCAAAUGCAUUUGUUGUCAACAUUGGAGACAUUAUGGAGAUCAUAACGAAUGGCACAUAUCGUAGCAUCCUGCAUCGUGCAACAGUGAACUCUCAGACGGAAAGGCUCUCAGUUGUCGCAUUUCAUUCUCCAAGGUUUGAUGGUGAAAUAAGUCCGGCGCCUAGCUUGAUCACCGAGGAAACACCAGCAUUGUUUAAAAGAAUCACGGUGAAGGAUUUCUUCAAGGGCUUAUUUUCUCGUGAACUUCGAUCAAAAUCUUACCUUGAUACGUUAAGAGUACAACCUGGUGAAGAGUAAAGGCUAAAUGUAUAAUAGACGCUUGAGAAAUAAGGUCUACAACCUCGUUUGUAACCUCGUUUGUAAUGUAACAUUAUAUUAUGCUUGCCUUUUCUGUUUUCUUA